CUGAUGACCUCACGCAGCAACGUGUCUCAGCGGCUCGGCGAGGCUGCAGAUUGGCUGGCGAGGACUCAGCGGCACUUCAAAGCCUGAGAGGGAGCUACAAUUGUGGUGGAAUGGGCGGAACUGAUCAUUGUAUUGCACACCUCUAAAAAAAACACUGCCUCUGAUUUAUCAAUAUAAAAAAGAUCCUCUGAGAGGAGGAGGGCACUUUUGUGUGAUGGCAACUUCACUUCUAGGGGAAGAACCGAGGUUAGGAUCGACCCCCUUAGCCAUGCUGGCCGCCACCUGCAAUAAGAUCGGCAGCCCCAGCCCGUCGCCCUCCUCCCUAUCGGACACGUCUUCGUCCUUCGGCAAAGGCUUCCACCCCUGGAAACGGUCGUCGUCGUCGUCGUCGUCGUCGUCGUCGUCGGGCGGCUGCAACGUGGUGGGGGCCGGGCUGUCGGGCUUCGGCGUGACGGGGUCCACCCGGACCGGGGCUUCGUCGUCGGCGGCUGCGGCGGCGGCGGCGGCGGCGGCGGCCGCCCUGGUGUCGGACUCGUUCGGCUGCGGCGGCGCCCCGGGCUCCAGCGCCUUCUCGCUCACGUCGAGCAGCGCCGCGGCCGCCGCCGCCGCUGCCGCCGCCGCCGCCGCCGCCGCCUCGCCCUUCGCCAACGACUACUCCGUCUUCCAGGCUCCCGGAGGCGGAGGAGGAGGUGGAGGAGGAGGUGGAGGAGGAGGAGGAGGGAGCUCCUCGCACCCCCAGGACGGCUCCCACCAGCCCGUGUUCCUGUCGAAGGUGCACGCCUCGGUGGACGGCCUGCAGGGCAUCUACCCGCGGGUGGGCAUGGCGCACCCUUACGAGUCGUGGUUCAAGCCGUCGCACCCGGGGCUGGGCGCCGCGGGCGAGGUGGGCCCGGCGGGCGGCUCCGGCUGGUGGGACGUGGGCGCCGGCUGGCUGGACGUGCAGAGCCCCGGCGGGGCGGCGGCCCUGCCCGGCUCGUUGCACCCGGCGGCCGGGGCCGGCCUGCAGGCCUCGUUGCACUCGCCCCUGGGGGGCUACAACUCGGAUUACUCGGGGCUGGGCCACUCGGCCUUCGGCGGAGCCGCCUCCCCGCACCUGCUGGGCCCCGCCGGCCAGCACCUGAUGGACGGAUUCAAGCCGGUCCUGCCGGGCUCCUACCCCGACCCGGCCCCGUCGCCGCUGGCCGGCGCCGGGGGGUCGAUGCUGGGCGGGGGCCCGGCGGGGCCGGCGGGGCCGGCGGGGGGCAGCGGGCCGCCGCUCGGGGGGUCGCCCCGCUCCUCGGCCCGCCGCUACUCGGGCCGGGCCACCUGCGACUGCCCCAACUGCCAGGAGGCCGAGCGGCUGGGCCCCGCCGGGGCCAGCCUGCGGCGCAAGGGCCUGCACAGUUGCCACAUCCCCGGCUGCGGCAAGGUGUACGGCAAGACGUCGCACCUCAAGGCCCACCUGCGCUGGCACACGGGCGAGCGCCCCUUCGUCUGCAACUGGCUCUUCUGCGGCAAGCGCUUCACCCGCUCCGACGAGCUGCAGCGGCACCUGCGGACCCACACGGGCGAGAAGCGCUUCGCCUGCCCCGUCUGCAACAAGCGCUUCAUGCGCAGCGACCACCUUAGCAAACACGUCAAGACCCACAGCGGGGGAGGCGGCGGAGGGGGCGGCUCCGGCUCGGCCGGCUCGGGCAGCGGGGGCAAGAAGGGCAGCGACACCGACAGCGACCGCAGCGCCACGGCCAGUCCGGCCUGCCACUCCCCGGACCUCCUGCAGCCCCCGGAGCCCGGACACAGGAACGGCCUCGAGUAGGGAGGAGAAGGACCGGCCCUCCCCCCUCCCUUUCCUUCCUUUGAUUUUUUUUUUCUUAUUUUUAUUUCAUUCCCCCCUCUCCCCCCGGGGAUUUGAACUUGGCCCGGGACGGGGGGACUCGGAAGUGUUGAUCUACAGUGAGCAAAGUGAAUUUCUAACUGCUGCAACAGUUUCAACAAAUACAAAAAAGGAAUAUGAAUUUGGGUUCCCAAGGAGAAGGAGGUUAGUUGCGGCACGGUCACCCUCCGUGCAUCUCGAUGAACACCGCUUUAAGAAUACUGUUCUCUUCCAGUAAAAAGGACUUCGGAGUAAUUCUUUUACUCGUGGAAAACAUUGGAACGGGGAGUCGUUACAUAGUUGCAGUGCUGAGGGAUACAGUGGAAAUCCAGGAGAAGGCAUUAAUUAUAGUGGCAGGUGCUGCAACCCAAAGGAGUUCGUAGUGCCCCCACUUUGAUCCCUGUGAUUCUUAAGCUCAGAGGGAUUUGCCACUGAGAGACGGCACCAUGUCCUGAUGAUUCUGUUUUCCUCUUAUCGAUCAUGUCUUUCCUUUAACUGUCCCGUUAAGAAGAGUUUUAAAUUAAAGUCGACACAUUUCUGUUGGGCCACGGCACAGCCCUUAAACAAUUUUGUCAUCUUCCCUUUUCAAUAAAGGAUGUUUCCCAGA